AUGUCAACAUUAUUUUCAUCGUUUGCGUAUCGCCUUUCGCAGGGUCGUUUCUAUGAGCGGGUAUCGGCAUCUGGAAGCGCAGAUUAUUUUGUUAAGGCUGUUGGUGAGAAUACUGAUGGUGAUAGCGAUAAAAAGGGACAUCAGCCAGUCAUAUUAUCACCCGCAAAAAUGAAAUUAAAAGUUCGAAAGUGUCCAACAGAUGAUCUGGCAAUAACGAAUUGUGCUGUGGUUAAUGCGAAUACUUUCAAUGCGACUGGAACCAAGCACUUGUUGGUGAAGACUGGUCCGGCACAUCAUUACAUAUUCUCGAUCCGCAAUCAUCCAUCGUUGCAACAGGAUGAGAUCGCCUUUGCGGUACCACAACGUAAAUGGGCAACGCAAUCGGCAGAACCGUUGAACGCAGAUCAUAUGGCUCGUGAAUUUUCGAUGCAAUUCAGUGGACAGGCAUUCACUCGAGGGGAAUUGUUGGUGUUCAAGUUUGAAGAUGAUAAAAAGAAGUUGCAUACACUUGCACUGAGUGUCACUUCUAUGCAAGGAUUAGAUCUGACUGCAGCUGCAGCACCUUCCAAUCCGAAUGCGGCAAAUCGUAGGAGUAGUAAAUCUUAUGAAAUUGAAGCAGGACAGUUACUGCCGAAUUCAGCGAUAAUAUUCGAUAAAGCCGACGGAUCGAUGUUAAAUUUGAUUGGAAAGAGUAAAGGUAAAUCAGCGUAUCGUUCAAUCAUCAAUCCUGAUUGGGACUUUCAAAAGAUGGGCAUUGGAGGGUUGGAUAACGAAUUUUCGGGCAUAUUCCGACGUGCUUUCGCUUCGCGUGUNUUUCCACCGGAAUUCAUCGAGCAACUUGGAAUGAAGCACGUUCGAGGUAUUCUCUUGUAUGGACCCCCAGGUACAGGAAAGACAUUGAUGGCUCGUCAGAUUGGUAAAAUGUUGAAUGCACGUGAACCGAAAAUCGUGAAUGGACCGCAGAUUUUGGACAAGUAUGUUGGUGAAUCGGAAUCGAAUAUACGAAAGUUGUUCGCGGAUGCAGAAGAGGAGUGGAGACGUUGUGGGGCGAAUUCUGGAUUGCACAUUAUCAUCUUCGAUGAAAUUGAUGCGAUCUGCAAACAACGUGGUUCGGUGGCAGGAUCAUCGGCCGUGCACGACACUGUGGUGAAUCAACUGCUGUCGAAAAUGGAUGGAGUGGAGCAGUUGAACAACAUCCUGGUGAUUGGCAUGACGAAUCGUAAAGACAUGAUCGAUGAGGCGUUGUUGAGACCCGGUAGGAUGGAGGUGCAGAUGGAGAUCUCAUUGCCCGAUGAAACUGGCAGACUGCAGAUCCUGAAGAUACACACUGCUAGGAUGAGAGAAUAUGAUAAACUCGAUCCGAACGUCGAUCUGGACGAAUUGGCUAAAAGAACUAAGAACUUUAGUGGGGCCGAAAUCGAGGGUUUGGUGAGAGCGGCGCAGUCAAGUGCCAUGAAUCGACUGGUGAAGGCUGGUGGGAAAGUACAGUUAGAUGCAGAUGCAGUUGAGAAGUUGAUGAUCAACGUUGAUGAUUUUAAUUACGCUUUAGAACACGAUGUGAAGCCGGCAUUCGGUCACUCAGAUGAAGAGCUGGAAAAGUAUUUAGUUGGUGGUUUUAUAACGUGGAGCUCGCAGGUAUCGCAAAUCCUGGAACAAGGUGCAUUGCAUGUGAAACAGACGAAGAGUCCGGACACAAGGGGCUUCGUAUCUGUGCUAUUGGCCGUUUAUAAGUGUAUUUANAACACUGGCAAGUCGUGUUUGGCGGCGAUGAUCGCCAAGAACUCGGGAUUUCCGUUCAUUAAAGUGAUUAGUGCGGACGAUAUGGUGGGAUAUACGGAGAAUGCGAAAUGCAUGGCGUUGAGGAAGAUUUUUGAUGACGCUUAUCGAUCACCGUUGAGUGUGUUGAUGGUGGACAAUAUCGAGAGAAUAUUGGAUUAUUCACCAAUCGGGCCGCGGUAUUCGAAUUCCGUUCUGCAGGCACUGUUUGUGUUGGUAAAGAAGCAACCACCACCAAAUCGUCGCUUGCUGGUGCUAGCCACUGCAAGUAAUCGUUCGUUCAUGAGAGAGCUGGGUCUUUUGUCUGCGUUCGGCACAGUCAUCGACGUGCCAUCUCUGUCGACUGUGGAUCAUAUCAUGGCUGUGAUCGAUGAGACGAAUGCACUCUCAUCGGCGCAUUGCGAAGAAAUUAGAGCUGAACUGACCAGAAAUAAUAAAGGAUACAUGAUCGGUAUAAAGAGGUUAUUGAAUACAAUUGAUAUGGUGAAAGAAUGUGAUGAGAAUGAUAAGGUUGAUGUCGUGGUGAGAAGUUUGCAGUCGGAUGUGUUCGAUGAUUUUUAG